GUGCUCGCUCCAUUACCGUGAGGCGCAUUGCACCAACCGCUCCCACUCGGACUCGGCACAGUCUUCGUCAGGCGACUCCCAUGGAACGAUGUCGGAUCAGCUUCGAUGCGGCGGGUGCCCUCUCCUUGCGAUGGUAGGUGGUCGCUCGGUUAGGAGGACAGCGGGCCCCUUGAUGAGAGAGUGCUUGGGCAUUGGUAGACGCGCAGACCCAGCCUCUGAUUAGCGCUUGGGCUUGGACCGUCCCUAGUGAUGCGAGGGCUUCCUUGUCGCGAGGCAGAGGGUGAAUCGGCUGCGUGCUCGCUCCAUUGCCGCGAUGCGCAUUGCACCAACCGCUCUCACUCGGGUCCACCCGCUGUCUUGGGAUCUGGGGGAUCGGCUGACUGGGAGAUGAGCACCCGGACGGCCAUGCACUUAGGUGCUUGUGCGCGCUCAACAUUGGGUUCUGGGGGAGUCGUUGGCUCGGGACUGAUCAUCCUGUGUCGCUGGCUAUUGCAAUGCGAGCGUACACGCAUUGCACUUCUUUCCUCCUCCCGGAGGAGAGCACAUUCCCUUGUCGUGGGCUCUGGGCUUAGUGCGUCCGCUUGCGGAUGUCAACUAAACAUGUGCUGCUUUUGUCUAUCGUCAGUUUCCUGCAAGGUACUCGUCGCGCAAGACUAGCAUCCUGAUUCUACGGGAUGCCGCUAGUUCUCUGUAGGCUGUACUAUACAUUUUGCUACGAUGCCAACUCGGCGUGGCUGUCUAUCCCAAAGCAAUUGCAACCUCUUGGCCGCUCGAUGUCGACCGCGAAUUGGGCUGAUAUCCUCUCAAGGCUGCUGCCGCCUCCUGAACAUGACUCAAUCCGGCUGAAAGUUCCCUAAAAUCGUGCUCCCCUUUGCUCUCUCCUCCCAGGACUGCCCUUCCCCUUUGGACCGGGGAGCCUCUAUUAAAUGCACCGCGUUCUCAAAUAGGGACAAUAGGCUCUUCAGCUUUCAGGCUAAAAUAAGUAGACGGUCGUCCGCUCAUUUCCUUUCUCAGGCUGCGCUGCCUUGAUGAGAGAGCGCUUGGGCUUUGGUAGAAACGCAGACCUAAUCUCCGGCUAGCGCUUGGGCUUCAAGUUGAACCACGAGGGCUUCUUUGUCGCGAGGCAGAGGGUGAGCCGGCUGCGUGUUCGCUCCAUUCCCGCGAUGCACAUUGCAGCAGCAGUUCUCUCUCGGAUCCGCCCGGUGUCUCAAGUUCUACGGGAUCUGCCGAGUGGGAGGUCGUCGACUUCUGCACGCGAUUUGCGACAGUGCACCACCCAUGCCACUUCUUUUCCCAGAGGCGAGCACAUUCUCCUUGUCGUGGGCUUCGUUCAACCAUGAGCGGAUGUGAACCAGAUGGCAUGCGGUGCGUUUCCCAGACAUUCUAAUCGCCGGCUUCCCGUCGGUUGUGCUUUUUUGGUGGUAGCACUCGACCGAAUGCAUCGGCCUAUCUCGAUGCUUUCCCACGAAGCAAUCGUCGGAUAGUCAUUGCACACGACCUGUGAGAGAGACACAUCGAAACGUGACGGAACUGAUCGACUGCCGGUACCAAGCCCACUACGCUCCAGUGGAAUGGUAUGUACGACCAUCAGAUUGCUGCUCCGGAACGCCGCCCUUGGAGUCGCAUUCCACCCCCUCGCGCCCUUCGAGAGAAGUCCUGCCACAUGGGAGCUCCGAAGAGGACUGUGCUGGCCACGUAUGCGAACUGGAUGAUGAUGAGCGGCCGGCGGGUGAGACGAGAAACACCGAAUACCGUAGUUCGGAAUCCAGACCGAUGCUUCCUACACAGAUACAGCAUAUACAGGCUCUCUAUCACGUGGAUUCCGGUUGUGGCCGCGAGGAUGGCCUUCCAGGUCUUCGGCUGCAGCAAGCGGUGCAGCGCAUGCGCAAGGGUGGCGAGAGGAGAAGCUGCGGGCAGAGCAUCCGCGAAUGCUGCGAGGGGCAGGACAGCACAGAUGACGAGACUAAGGGUCAGCGAGCGGAGCUUCGGGAACCGAAACGAAUUGACGACUAUGCGAGGUGUCUUGUGCUGGCGUCCGUUCAGUCCGACUGUCGACGGCGGGGAAAUGACUUGCCAUAUCUGAGAUCUCAGCCUUCAUCUGACGCGCCGACUGUUCUUAUGCGAUAGCCUACGUGAGAGAUGGUAUUUGUUGCCAUCAUGCCUUGUUGUUGUGAACGAAACGCCGGUCCCGAACGUUGGGCGGAUGAAUGAACCCAGAAUGGAUGAUCCGAGUCUUGAUGGCGUGUCUGAUCAUUCAAACGCCCAGUCGCAAGUCACUGCCACCUGAUCCGCAGGUUGACAGACGCGCCUUUGGUUCGAAAACCAUGCCAGCAGGAAAAUUCUUACAGUGCGCGAUAUGUCGGACAUGUUGAGCAAGUCGGCGCUGACAGAAACGUCAGAAUCUCCUCGUUCAAGAACUUGCUGACGCAUUCGCGCUUUCUGCUCACCCUGCGCUCGGAGCAGGGAAAAUACCAUUCGCUCAUCCUCUUCCGCUUGUCGACGGCAGCGGACAUCCCCGCAUAUGGAAAUGACCGGCCCUCGAUGCUGGACAACCGCCAGCUUUACGUAAUGGAGUCGACCUGCCCUCAUCUUGGCGCCGACAUGUCCCACGCAGACAUCGAGGAAUAUGAGGACACGACGGUGGCGGUCUGUCCGUGGCACAGAUACGAUUUCGAUCUCCGCACUGGCAAGAGCGAGACCGGGCUACACACCUGCACCUACUCCGUCGAGGUGAAGACGGAGCCCGAAGAUAGCGAGGAAAAGGUCUACAUCGAAACGCCGUCCGGGGGAAGUAAUUGGAGGCUCAUAGACUUCCGCCCGGUUUCAGAAGAGUUCGCCGAUCCACCGCCCACUAAAGCUAGUGCUCCUACCGAGGUCAAUCCAGUGACCAUGAGCGCCGAGACGAUAGAGCCCGUCGUUCCCGAACUAAAUCCACCCAAGACGCUCAUGCACUGGGCGGUUCUGAUUUUGAACACUCCGAAUCCGACUCUCAAGGUCCUGCGCACAAGACACGCCGUUCAGCUCUUCCGAACUGGAAAACUCGAUUCCAUUGGGCACAAGUCUCGCUCUGCACCGACACCGCCAGAUAUUCCGCCCCGGGACGAGAGUUAUCUGCGGAAUGCGGUCGACCCAGGCAAAGUCAAAGGCAGACGAAGCCUCGCGGUAAUGCUGCAUGCCCUCGCAAAUAUUGAACAGUGGGCAAUUGAUCUAGCAUGGGACAUAAUGGCGCGUUUUGGACCGAGUCAUCCUGAUCUUCCGCCGGCGUUCUUUGCGGAUUUCACGAAAAUGGCAUUGGACGAAUCCAAACAUUUCUCACUGCUGACCUCCCGACUUUCCGAGACUUCUCCAAACACUCCCUAUGGGAGCAUGCCCGUGCACGCCUCUCUCUGGGAAUCCGCGACGAUCACAUCACACUCCCUGCGAUCCCGGCUGGCCAUCAUCCAUCUCGUCCACGAAGCGCGCGGUCUGGACGUCAAUCCCGGGACGAUCGCACGAUUCCGGCGGGCAAACGACAGCGAUAGCGUCGCCGCGCUCGAGAUCAUCCACGCCGACGAGGUGACACACGUGACGUCCGGGCAUCGUUGGUUCACGUGGCUGUGUGAGAAGGAGGGAGGGCUUGAUCCAGUUUCGACUUUCCGCGACGAAGUGCGCAAGGGAUGGCGCGGGAACGUCAAGGGGCCGUUCAACAUUGAGGACAGAGAAAAGGCUGGGCUGACGAGGGAAUUUUACGAGCAUCUCACGGGGGAGAUGGCUGAGGAUGAGAUGGAGCAGCGUCGGGGGGCUUUCAGGAUGGAUGGCUUGAAGAAAAUGGGCUCCGGGGCUCCCAUCAGUGUUGAAUAUGAGGAUAAAGUGUAGUUAAGGGUUGAAUGAAUCGGAGGGCACUCGGCAAUAGUAACACUACAUCAACUAAGAAAACUCCGUUGGCGUCAAAAGAAAAUGAAUUGAGCCUCGAAUCUACGAUGAACUCAAGCUUUUCACGCGCCUUGCAACAAACCUGCACCGCAUGCACGUCAUGCGGAAGCAUCAAUAUGCCAAUAUGUCAAUCACGCCUCGAUCAACUUCUCUCUCGAUCUCGCUGGCGAACACUCUUGAAGUGGACAGGACUUCUAGCUUUGCUUGCAUCCAUGCACCUCGCAUAACGUGACAGUAUCAACGGUCCGCAUACUCUCCCCCAGCAGCUUAUAUGCCGCGUUACGAAUACCAGGCCUUGUCAAAUGACACGGACGAGGCGGAGGAGCGUCUCCCUCUCAAAUCUGCCAUAGAGGGAGACGAGAGCUCGGAGGCGUACGAGCUCGUGGACUCUGAAGCGUCGAGCGCGUUCCACGCGAAGGACGGGAUACACGAUGGGCUGGUCCGGCCCACAGCCGAGGAUGAAGCGACUCUGCGCAGGAUCUCUGAUGUCGUCCCCUGGAGCACCUACCUCAUCGCCAUUGUGGAAUUGGCGGAACGUUUCUCUGUUUAUGGUUCCGGAGCGGUUCUUACAAAUUUCAUUCAACAUCCUCUGCCGCCCGGCUCUAUCACUGGCGCUGGUCUAGAAAAGGGGCAAUCUGGCGCCCUCGGAAAAGGGCAAAGAAUGUCGACUGCAAUCAUGACAUUCACCAUGUUCUGGGUGUCUCUUACUCCGAUGCUGGGUGCAUAUAUUGCGGAUGUGCACCUGGGCCGGUUCAAGACGAUCUGCUAUGCUGUCGGGAUCGCGUUGAUUGGGCACAUCAUCCUCAUCUUCGCCGCAGUUCCUGGGAUCAUCGACCAUGCUGACCUGGGGCUGACCUUCUUGCUGGUGUCGCAAGUCGUCAUUGGGCUUGGCACGGGAUUGUUCAAGGCGAAUAUCUCACCCCUUGUCGCGGAACAGUACAAAAAGACCAAAUCGUUUGUCAUUCGACUACCUGGGGAUGGAGAACGAGUGAUUGUGGACCCGAAGCUGACUGUCUCGCGAAUCUACAUGUAUUUCUAUCUUGUUAUUAAUAUCGGGGCUCUACUUGGUCAAUUCAGUAUGACUUACACCGAGAAGUACCUGGGUUACUGGCCAGCAUUUGCGCUUCCAACAGCUGUCUUCCUCCUCUGUCCACUCAUCCUAUUCCUGGGCCGAAACCGCUACGUCCGAUCCCCACCCAGCGGCUCUGUUCUUUUCACGUUCAUUCGCCUGAUGCGAUUUGGAUCGCGCCGCCGGUGGAGCCUGAAUCCGUUUCGCAUGUACGCCAACUUCACCCGCGGCGAUUUCUGGGAGACUGUGACUCCGAGUCGGAUCCCACCGGCAAAGCAGGCGCGAUGGAUGAAGGGCCUGGACGAUACAUGGGUCACCGAGGUCAGAAGAGGCUUGGGAGCAUGUGCCGUGUUUGCCUGGUUUCCGCUCUACUGGCUUACUAUGAGUCAAAUGUCUACCAACUUGAUCUCCCAGGCAGCAACACUGCGCACAGACGGAUUGCCCAACGAUCUUUUGACGAAUAUCGAUCCGCUGACGCUGGUGCUCGUCAUUCCGUUGUGUGAUCUCUACCUGUAUCCGCUUCUGCAACGCCGAGGGAUCAAGUUCCUGCCCAUCAGACGCAUAACGGUCGGGUUCUUCAUUGCUUGCUCGGCCAUGAUAUGGUGUGCGGUACUGCAAUACAACAUCUAUCGAACGAAUCCCUGUGGAACAGCGGCCUCGACUUGCGUCGACGGACAAUCCCUCCCGCUCGUCUCGCCGAUGAGCGUCUGGCUGCAAGCACCGAGCUACCUCCUGAUCGCCGUCUCCGAGAUCUUCGCCUCGAUCACGGUGAUGGAGUACUCUUUCACGAAGGCGCCGGUCAAUAUGCGGUCGCUCGUCAUGGCACUGCUCAUGGGCACCAGUGCAGUCAGCGCCGUUCUUGGCGAGGGAUUCAUCUGGCUGUCUGCAGAUCCGUUUCUGGUGUGGAACUACCUCGUUAUGGCUGGCUUGGCUGGUGCUGGAGGAAUAGGCUUCUGGGUACUCAUGCGUGGCUUGGAUGAGGAGGAGCUGGAUAUAUCCAAGACAAGGACUUAAUCUAUUGGUUUAUUUUUCUGUAACCCGUACCCAGGGACGAUCUUGCUCGGUGCAAAUCUUCGAGGGGAGUCCAUGCAUUGAUUGUCGAUAUUUGUCACGGGGUCUAUUACGUAACACAGCUAUUUCUGGCCUCCCAGUCGAUUCACACCAUCAUGCCGCCCAGUGAUAAUUUCCCAGCCGAGAAAUCGAAUGCUGUUAGCAGUGCAGCGGAAGACGCUGCGCCAACCUCGACACUCAACGGGCAGGAGCCCGAGCGUCCCAUCAAGCAGGAGCCAGAUGUGGACGAGGAGCCAGAGGAGGACGAGCACUACCAACCCUCAGAGGACCCGCAGCCUUCCCCGUGGAAGCGCCGCGCGCUCAUCCUCCUCAUCUGCACAAUCCUCUGGGUGGCCUUCCGCGUGGUGACGCUGAAAACGAAGCCAAAGCCGAGCGUCGUGCACGCCAACCGGUGUGUGCCCUCCUCUCUACCAGGAACGCUGAGCCCUCGGUUGAUGCGAUGCACACGCAGGUAUUCGAACGAGUUCAAGUAUCGCCCUGCGGCGAGUCCCAUCAUCACGGAGACGCUCAAGGACGGACGGACGAGGCUGCGCGGGGCGUCGCCCACGACCGUUCCGGUCCUCGAGAGCAAGCCUAAGCCCACGGCGAAGGCGCGCAAAGGCGGGAAGAAGGGGGGCAAGAAGAACAAGAAGAAGAAGGCUGCAGCCGAGGCCAAGAGGGCACGGUCGACCCAGUGAGCUCACUGGUAUAAUUGGACUGCAUCGAACUCUCGAUUCAUCUAUUUAUGUUACACUUGUCUAAUACACGCUCAGUUUUGAGGCCUACUUUCUUGGUGAUGCUGUGACGAGUGCUUCGACACUGGCCACGACGCACAUUAAACGGUAGCACUGAUCCGGCGUGCUCUGAGACAAGUCAAAGCGCCACGACAGCCGACUGGCCAGGUCUUGCACGGAUCACCCUCGUCCUACAUUUGAGUGAACCUGACGACAAACACUUGUUCUAAUUCGAUACAAGGGCUGCGGAGACUUUACGGGCCCAUCCAAGAAUAACGAAUCGAAGCCUGUCUGUCCUGGAUAUCUUUCCGCCACGCGAGCCUCAUUCCAGCCUUUUUGAUCCAGGCCGUGUAUUGUACGUGUGCCAUCAGCGCCGGGCGCCAUGCAAAGUUCAGCUGAACACACGCGAACCGCGCCAUCACUGCGACGUUGUUCCCAAAAGGGGAAUCCCGUCCGGAAAAGGAAGGUGGAUGGGUUGUUGCUUGCGCCGGCGAUGCCGCGUGCAGGGAGGACAAGGGAACACCCAAAUGCGGCUGUCUCCUUGUUCGCGGACACUUAUCAAGUGGAAUGGAGAGAGUGGUCCUUCGCUCAAGUCGGUCGCUCCAUUCCAUUCCAUUGCAACAUGCACUGCAAACUGUUGAUCUCCCUCUUCAUUUCCAUCG